AUGAAUUUGAGUGAGAUACAUGUGGUGUUAUUACAUUUAAACAAGAGCCUUCAUUACUAUUAAUACUAUACUUUUGGAAACUUAUAUCUAAUGGUCACUUUUUUUACAAAAUAUGUUGAGAAUCGUUAGAUAUGGUGUCUUUAUAUCUCAUAGUUGGAACAUUAACGUUAAUCAUAAUGCAAGAUCUAUAAGAUCAUUUAGCCGAAAAUUAGUAAAAACUGAAUAUUCAAGGAGAAUAUUCUCUGGAAUUCAACCUACUGGUAACGUCCAUUUAGGAAAUUAUCUAGGUGCAAUACAAAAAUGGGUAGAGUUACAAAAUUCAGAAAAAAUAGUUAUAUGGAGUAUUGUAGAUAUGCAUUCAAUUACAUUACCUCAUAAUCCUGUCACAUUAAAAGAUAAUAUUUUUAAAGUAACAGCCACAUUAUUGGCAUGUGGAAUAGAUCCACAAAAAAGUAUAUUAUUUCAACAAUCUGAUGUUUCUAUGCAUUCAGAAUUAUGUUGGAUACUUGGUUGUAUCACUACCAUGGCUAGGCUUGGACAUUUGCCACAAUUCAAAGAAAAAAGUGAAAACUUAAAGAAUAUUCCUUUAGGAUUAUAUAUUUAUCCUGUUUUACAAGCUGCAGACAUAUUGCUUUACAGAGCUACAGAUGUACCAGUUGGCCAAGAUCAAGCACAACACAUACAAUUAGCACAGGAUUUAGCACAUUCUUUUAAUAAAAAGUAUGGAGAUACUUUUCCAAUACCAAGGACUCUUAUUUGUGAUGAUGCAAGUAAAAGAAUAAAAUCACUACGAGAUCCUUCAAAGAAAAUGUCCAAAUCGGAUAAAGAUUUCAAAAGUAGGUUGGAUUUAACCGACAAACCGGAUGUGCUGUUAGAAAAAGUGAAAAAAGCUGUAACUGACUUCACAUCUGAAGUAUAUUAUGAACCUGAAACUAGACCAGGUGUUUCCAAUUUAAUUGCUAUUCAUUCUUUACUCACUGGAAAGUCACCUGAAGAGAUUUGUAAAGAUGCACAAGGUUUGGAUACUGGAAAGUAUAAAUUGGUAUUAGCAGAUGUGGUAAUACAGAAGUUAAGACCAAUUCGGGAAGAGAUAUUUAGAUUAUUAAACGAACAAUUGUAUUUGGAUGAAGUUUUAAAGAUAGGUUCACAAAAAGCAAUGGAACUUGCAUUUGAUUGUUAUUCUGAUGUAAAAAAUAAAAUAGGCUUUGAAAGGAAUGUAGCAGGAAAGGAGAAGACAAAAUACUUUGUACAUUGA